UUUCCUGUCGGCGUCUGUGGAGUUGCUUGGCGCGUUCGGGCGCUUCCGGUGAAGCUGGGAUUUGAUCCUCACGGAGGCGGGAGAGGAGAGAGUGGCUUUGGCCGGAAGAGGCUGGAAUCUUGCAGAUUAAAGGCCCCUUUGAGCUGUUGCAGGCGAGAAUUGAUGAAGAAAACUGUGAAUUUUUUCUCCGUUGCCGUGCUGCCUUAUUGCAGGAACUCUGCAGAAAAGACAGAGGCCUUGGAGGAACCCUCUGCUUAGACCUGCAUCCAGGGGAGGGAGGCCAUGUUCUCGGAGCAGACUGUCCCUUCUGCUCAAAGCCUCCUGGCCUCCCCAUCUGAAGCAGCGGCGUCUACAUUUGCCCGAGCGCCUGCCUCCUCUUAUACCAACUGCUCCCAGAACUUCAGGCUUGGGGAACGGACUUUCAACAGGCAGUAUGCCCACAUUUAUGCUACGCGCCUCAUUCAGAUGAGACCGUUAUUGGUAGAGAGAGCUCGACGCAAAUGGGGGAGCAACAUUACAGUGAAGAAACUUUGUGAGCUGCAAGUUGCAGAGAAGUGCUGUGUUGUGGGGACUCUCUUUAAAUCUAUGCAGCUUCAACCAUCCAUCCUGCGGGAAAUCAGUGAAGAGCACAAUCUGCCCCCACAACCGCCCCGGACCAAGUACAUCCACCAGUCGGAUGAGCUGAUUUUGGAGGAUGAGCUGCAGCGAAUCAAACUGGAAGGAGACAUACAAAUUGACAAGUUGGUAACAGGGACCAUUCUUGCUGUCUACGGCUCAGAGAGGGAUGAUGGCAAGUUCCUUGUUGAAGACCACUGCUUUGCAGACAUGCCCACCCAGCUGCCUAUGAUGGGCCCCAAUACAGACAGGUUUGUUUUGCUGGUGUCCGGCCUCGGCCUUGGUGGAAAGAGCGGGGAAAGCCUCCUGGGGAUGCAGCUCCUUGUGGACAUGGUGACCGGACAGCUGGGCGCCGAGGGCGAACAGUCCAGCGCCGCCCUCAUCUCUCGCGUCGUUCUGUGUGGCAAUUUGCUAAGCCAGAAUACCCAGAGCAGAGACACCAUGAAUAAGGCAAAGUAUCUGACCAAGAAGACCCAGGCUGCCAGUGUGGAGGCUGUGAAAAUGCUGGAUGAAAUCCUGCUGCAGCUGAGUAUGUCUGUCCCUGUCGAUGUAAUGCCUGGGGAAUUUGAUCCUACCAACUACACGUUGCCCCAGCAGCCCCUCCAUCGCUGCAUGUUUCCUCUCUCGAGUGCCUACUCCACACUGCAGCUGGUCACCAAUCCCUACCAAGCAAACAUUGAUGGGAUCAGGUUUUUGGGGACUUCGGGUCAGAAUAUUAAUGAUAUCUUCAAAUACAGCAGCAUGUCUGACUAUUUGGAAAUUUUGGAGUGGACGUUACGGAUUGGGCAUCUCAGCCCCACUGCCCCAGACACGCUCGGCUGUUACCCGUUUUACAAGACGGACCCCUUCAUCUUCACUGACUGCCCUCAUGUCUAUUUCUGUGGGAAUGCGCCUACCUUCAAAUCCAAAGUGGUCAGAGGCGAUGAUGGCCAGAAGGUUUUGUUGUUGACCCUUCCUGACUUCAGCACAACACAAACUGCCUGCUUGAUCAAUCUGCGUGACCUCACUUGCCAACCAGCCAGUUUCUCUGCCUUUGGUGCCAAUGAUGAUGAUGAAGAAGAAGCGGUGGCAAUGGAGACUGGCCAGUAAGAAGCAUAGUCUCCUCCUGCUUUGCCAAAUGAACAUAUCAAAGAGAUGGGGGGGGGGGGGGCUUGAAUUUAUAUUCCUCCCUACACACAAAUACUUGAACCUUGGGCUCAGAGAGAAGAUUGCGUUAAAAGGUAUGCUUUGUACUUCCAUUUUCUUCUUUGUGCUGUUUUCCUUCCUUCCACAAGAAUUUUAUGUGUUUAUAAAAAAAUAAAUGCAGAAAUGCAACCGUA